AUGAAGGUGAUCAUCAUCGGCGCCGAAGUAGACGGACUCAUCUGUGCGAUCGCUUGCAAGCGGGAGCAAUUGAACGUGAUUGUUCUCGAGCAACAUGCUGAGAUUGAGGUCAAUGCCGGUAUCCAGAUCCCUCCCAACGGAGCCCGAGUCCUGCAUCAUCUGGAUCUUCUGGAAGCUGUGACUCGCAAAGGGACUAGUACAGAAUAUCUGGAUUUAAGACGCUUUCACGAUGGGGCGUUGAUUCGGUCGAUGCCGUGGGGAGAACCGGUUCGCCGGGCUUACGGAGGACCCUGGCUUAAUAUCACUCGGGCGGACCUUCUCGACAUACUACUUGACAAAGCGCGACAAUUAGAGAUAGACAUCCGACCUCAUGCCAUCGUGGAGGAGAUUCAUUGCGGCACCGCCGAGGUGGUUUUGAAGGACGGAGCUCGCAUUCAAGGAGAUGUGGUGAUUGGAGCCGAUGGUUUAACUCGAGACACGGUCUUGAACCAUCCAAGCCCGCCCAGCCCAGCCAGCGACAUCGCCUACCAAGCAACCAUCUCGCGAUCGGCGCUGAAAGCCAUCGAUGACGGCCAACUCGACGAGCUCUGCACCAAGAACAAGAUCACCACCUGGUUAGGUUCCGCGCAGCACACCGUCAUCUUCCCCGUCCGGCAGGGAGAAGAGUAUAUGCUUGUGACCUACCACGCAUACAGCACUCCUCCAGCAGAAGCAGCCGGUCUCACCCAGAUACAAGCACUGCAUCAAGGCUGGGACCAUCGACUCCCAACCAUCCUCGCCCACGCGACCUUCGCCUCUCAAACCACCCACCACACCCUCCGCGACCUUCCCACCUGGCGCAAUUCCCGAACCCUCCUCCUCGGCACCGCCAGCCGCAUCAUCCCCCCCUACCAAGCCCAAGACCUGGCCGCUACCCUCGAAGACGCCGCCGUGCUCAGCACGCUCCUCGGCCUCCUGAACCACCACAGCCCCGCACCCGACCAACUCCCGCGCCUGCUCCCGGAGAUCCUCGCCCUCCACGAGGCCCUCCGCAGACCGGCCGCCACCAAGGCCGUCCAGGCCGGCCUCCUCAGCCGCCGCGUCCUCCAGGUCGGCAACCCGGUGGGCCAGGUGCUCCGCAACUGGUUCCUGGGCGGGGCGGGCAUCACGCGGGACACGGACGCCGGGUGGUUGAAGCUGGUCUCGGCGCAGCAGGAGGCCACGCUGGGAGGGGGAGGGGGAGGGGGAGGGGGCAGGGGCAGUCUCCUCGACGAGACGAGGGCGCGGCUCGAGGCGUGGAGGAAGGAGCGGCUGCCGCUGCUGGCGGCUGAGGAGUCGAGGGAGCGGUCGUCGGGAGGUUACGGCAUUGGACGGAAGCGGUUGCGGUGUUGGACGUAUUGA